GAGUUUCGUGUUAUCUGAAGCCCCCGUCGUAUUACUUUUAUCUUUGCUUCCUUCGUCUGAAACAAAAUAUAUUCAUUUAACAUUUUUAGGGCUGAGGCUUUAAAGUGUUUCAGAAGCCCAGUAGCAAGCAAUAUUCCUUGUCUUAUUUUUCAUACUCUCUGCAAGCGUCCACAUCGCGCAUGCGCUUUGGACGUAAACAGGCAGACCAGACCAGUUGAAAAUUAGUCGGAAUGUGUUUUUAGAGCCGUUUUGGUGUUAAUUUACGUGAUUUGAACAUGUCUGAUGGUACUAAUGGCGAAGGGAACAGUCUACCUAAUGGCCCGUUUACCCGUAUCAAUUCUAAGAAGAGCUCCAAUAAUGACGAAAAUGAUAACGAUGAAAGUACCAAUCAGCCUGAUCUAGGGUUAGGAAAUCAACCACAAAAUAACAGAAAAAGUACAAAUGACUCCCAGCCAGGUUCAAGUGAAGCGCCCCGCCGUGAAGAAAAUCCCUUUUCGUUCAAACACUUCUUGAGCAGGGAAAAUGUCAAUGGCCAAAGUGGAUGCCACAAUACUGGAGCCAAACCAAAAGUCUUCACAAGCCCUACUUCGUCCCAUGCCCCUGACCUAGAGUAUGGACGAAAUUCUUCUGCUAGGACUUUUACAGCAAAUCCUGACUUAGCUUCAGCUUUACCUGAUUUUGUUCAAGAUCAUUUAGUUGUUGAGCAAUGUUUUCUCCGAGACAAUGCUUCAUCAGCUCUCUCUGUCGAUUUGGACAAUCUUCCUGACUUUGCUGUGAACAAAGAUAUCAGUAAUGGGUUAUCUAUGGGUGCUAGGCCUCGUCACACAAAUUAUAACAACUUCUGUCGAAGAAGAGAAAGAAGUCAGAAUGAUUCUAUGGAGGGAGUGCCCCUUGACCUUCCUAGCGUCUCUAGCCCUCCAUCUGCAUUAGAUCUACCGGGUUCAGGUGUCUUACCAUUUGACCUUCCACUGGUUCGAGAUGGAAACGCCUCUAAUGUGUCUGGAAGUAACACUCCUUCAAGUAGCCCAAUUCAGCCUUCUGUGUCAAAAAGUCUUCCUGACUUCCUCUCUGAUGGACCAAUAAGAGGAGGCCAUCUACCCCCUGCAGAUGUUACAGCUGAGGCAAGUGGUGUAACUCAAAAUCACAAUUCAGAUGAUAGGUUCCAGACUGAAAAUGAAAGACUGAGAGCAGAAAUGGAAAUGCUUAGGAGGCAAAACUCAGAACUCUCUCGGAGGGUUUCAUCCCUACAAUCAGAAGUUCGAACUCUAAGAGUAAAGGAGCAUGAAGAUACUCUUACUAUGGAAAAAGCUAUAGAGCAAGCGGAAGAAAAUUUACAAAGAACUAUGAAAAGGGCUGUGAAUGCAGAAAAUAUGGUUUCUAAGCUGAAGCAAGAUCUUAGGCAGACUCAGUCUGAUUUGAGACGUCAGCAACAAGAUAACCUGGAACUUCGAGGUGGAGAGGGUGUGUCAGGUGCAUGGGGUGGUGCAGGAGCUUCUAGUGGAUCAUCAGGUUCCUCUGAGCAACAAGUUCAAAUGCAAAGAUUUGCCCAAGAAUUGAAAGCAGCUGCAUUAACGGCGGAAACUUCUCUCCGUCAGCUGCUGUCUGGUGUUGAUAACCUUCGUCUUCUGGCUUCAACUAUGGAAAGUGUUCAUCGGGUCGAAGAUAGAACUCAAGAUUACUUAUCAGAUUCUGAUGAUACUGCAGGGCCUACUCUCUGAAGAGCACACUCAUUAUUUAUAGUUUAUACAUUAUUAUUACUAAUAUAUUUACCUACCAUAACUUCCUUUUUAUGAGUUAGGAGAGUUAAGACGUGAUGGUUUGCUAAACACAAAAUUUUAUUUGGAUAGUAUUGAUAACUCUGUUUCCAAAUUUUUACUUGUGAAAUUUGUAUAAAUAUUUUCAUAUAUUGUAAGUACAUAGCGGAUUGUAAUAUACAUUUGCUUCAAAACUGAAUGGCAUAAUAGUUGUUGUAGCAUUUUGAUGUAAGCAAACAUUAUUUACUGGUAGUCUUGUCAGUGAAUGAGAUGAGAUGUAGUGAGAUGUUUUUAUUUUGGCACGUACAUUAUUAAUUUUUCCAUCUAAUGUUAAGGCGUUGAUAACCUGACACAUUUUAGGCAUGUUUUGUACUUGCUUUUGGGGAUCAAAUUUUUAGGCUUGUUUAUGAGCCUCCAAAUUGGAUAUGUAACUCAUCAUACUUUCUAGUCCUUAGCUUCUUACUGUGUAACUUAACCUUGGUAAAGUUUAUCUGAUCUAGAAUGGCUCACUGUAUGCCUGUCACAGUUGUAGCUCUUUUUCCAUGUAGAUAGAUUUUUCAGGGAAUCACUAUGUAUUAGAUGUGCGGAGGACUAGAGUUUGCCAGUAGUAGCCCAAUUUAUAAAAAAAAGUAUUUGUUUUUGUUUUUUUGGUUGUUUUAAUAAAAUUUUAUUUUAAGGAGUGUACAUAUCUAAAUUGAAUGGCAAAUUUCAGGCAAGUAACAGUUCUUUUUGUUUGUCAUUGCUAUUGCUUUGGAAGAUCAAGGAUGUUGUGUUGGCUGUGAUCUGUUACAAAUGUGAUCUAUGUAUAUGCGCUUUGCGUCAACUUUUUGUUUUAAGUAGAGCAAUAAAAUAAAGGAUAUGUUAGCAAGAAAA